UCUCUCUUCUUCCCUUUCUCUCACAGUGUUCCCAUAUUGAUUCCUUGGGGGGGUUUUUUUGUGCAUAACACAGGAAUGAGCUUCAUGGAUGGCUGAAGGAAGGCUCUUCCCACUAAAAGAACAUUUUGAGGCAUUAAGGUCCCUGCCUGACAAAUUCCACCUGCCUCAAUGGCUCCACAGUGGCUCAGUGCAGACCUCCUGGGGAUUCUCAUCUUGCUGACCCAUUCGGUUUCUGAGAAAUUCUCCCUGUCUGGAUCACCCCACCCCAUUAUAGGGAUUGUUGGGCAAGAUAUGGUGUUACCCUGCCAGCUCUCACCCAAGACUUGGCCUGCAGACAUGGAAGUGCUGUGGACAAAAAUUGAACAGACACACAAUGAAGCUGGAUAUGUGAAUGUCCAUCGGUACAAAGAUCAACCUAAUCUGGACACAUCAGGAGAAAAUUACCAGAAUCGGACAGAGUUGUUCCAGCAGGAACUGAGGAAUGGGAAUGUAUCACUGAAGCUAAAGACGCUCCAUGUUGCAGAUGCUGGGACAUACAUCUGUUUUGUGAAGUCUCCUGCAUGGAGUCAUGAGGUCAACACUGAGCUACAGAUUGCAGCUGUGGCUCCAGUGUUCAUUGAUGUGUUGGGUCCCCAGGGCCAGGGGAUUGGGCUGGCCUGUAAAUCUGGAGGGUGGUUCCCCAAACCUGAGCUCCGGUGGAUUGGAAAUAAAGGGCAAAUCUUGGCGCUGGAGUCCAAGGUUGGAAUGACUCAGGACAGUGACCAUCUAUAUAGUGUUCUGGGCCAAGUCACUGUCCCAGGUGGAGAAGCAUCAGCAGCACCAAUUGCUUGCGUGGUGAGGAAUAACCUACUGAAGACAGAGCAACAAUCUGCCAUUCAUCUCUCAGAUGACAUUUUCCCUCAAAGUUCUCCCUGGCUGGCUGCAUUCUGGGUGUCAUUUGUGCUACUUCUUCUUACUAAUGGAGUCUGGGCAUUUCGUGGCUAUAAAGAGAAGCAAAACGUGUCUCAGAAGAAAAACUCCAAAGAGGAGACUUUAUUAUCGCUGGAGGCUCAGAAGAAGCAGUUGGAAUCAGAACUGCAUGAUCGAAGCAAGAGAAUUGAGAGACUGACUGCAGAAUUAGAUUUCAGGAAAGCUCGAAGCUACAUGGAAUCUAUCACUCUGGAUACAAAUUGUAUGCACCCUGAACUGAAAGUAUCUACAGAUCAGAGAAGUGUCUGGAAUGAGCCUGGAUUUCCAGAAUCAACCACACCCUCUGAAGUCCUGAUCGCAGUAGGGGAGUGUUUUGUGAGGAGGAAGCUGUAUUGGGAGGUGGAGGUGGGGGAAGAACCAGACUGGGAGCUGGGGGUGCUAAGUGAGACUGUGAGGGGUGAAGUGAGAGAAGCAGCAUUAGAGCACCCACCUGUGGAGGGAUGCUGGUCCCUGCGGAGGUCUGAGGGGCAGUAUUACCCCACUGAGGCACAUACUAAAAUCCAAGAGUGGGAUUUAUGGCCGACAGUGAUUGGAGUUUAUCUGGAUAGAGAUGCAGAGACCAUUUCAUUUUAUAAUGUCAAUGCCUUGGCUGAUAUUUUAGUGAUUCCUUUUGACAAUUCAGAGAAAAUGUAUCCAUUCCUCAGGCUCUCCCCUGCUGUGGGAAGAGACAAAGGGAAAUCCCUCAGGAUCUCUUCUAUCCCAUGGAAAAAGACCAAGUUCAAGACCUGUGAGGUCAAGUCAGGGCUGGUGGGUCCCAAAGGAGAAUGUUGGAGUGAUAGAAAGGCUAGAGGUAUGCGGGAAGAUAACAUUAUGCUGGAGGUGGAAGGUGGUAAUAAGAUGAUUCAUAGUCCUGGGUACUCUGAGAACGAUCCCCAGGUGCCUAACUCCAAGAAGUAG